AUGGCGGCGUUGCAACUGGUUAUAUUUUCCCUGGCGUGUCUCUACGUUUACGGCCUACCCAACCCACCAGUUACCAGGAACACGAUCUUCUUAGAUGAAAAACUUGAAGGCCAAAUCUUCGAAAAAAUCGACGCCUUCAGCGAACUUUCAACUGACGAUAUACAAAAACACCGGCUACCUACUACCACUAAGCCCAUCUCUUACAAUGUCUUCUGGAUGGUUGACAUGACUGCCCUGUCAUUUUUUGGAAACGUCGCCAUACUAAUAGAAGCUACUCAAGCAAAUGUCGAUGAAAUUGUUAUACAUGCUCACGACAUGACCAUUGGCGAUGUGGUUUUGGAGUUUGUCAAUGGAGCUACGGUUGCACAAACAUAUACUUUGGACCCUAAUUAUCACUUCUUGAGGAUUAAGUUAACAAAUGACGUCUUACAGUAUAAUAAAGAUAGCCCUGUUCAAUAUACGUUGAAGAUUGCCUUCAAUAGUAAACUAAGAGAUGACAUGUACGGUAUUUAUCAGACUUGGUUCAGAAAUAACCCCAAUGAAGAUGUAAGGUGGAUGGCUUCUACUCAAUUCCAAGCGACUGCUGCGCGCUUCGCUUUCCCGUGUUACGACGAGCCUAGCUUCAAAGCCACAUUUGACGUCACAAUACGACGACCAAAUACACACAGAAGUUGGUUCUGCACUACUAUUGUGGACACAGGGAACCCAAUACCGAACUACACUGAUGACAUAUACGCUACUACGCCAAUCAUGUCCACCUACUUGCUGGCGCUCAUUGUAGCGGAUUACGAAUCUCUGAAAGAGUCAGUGAACGCUAAGAAUUAUUACGAAGUGAUCGCGAGGCCAGGGGCUCUCAACCUUACUGACCCGAACAACCUCGGGAGGUAUGCCCUGGACACCGGGAGGAAACUGACAGAAGUUAUGAAUGUGCACACAGAUAUCAACUACUUUGAUAUGCACGAGAACCUUGUUAAGAUGACUCACGCCGCUGUCCCAGAUUUCUCAGCUGGCGCUAUGGAGAACUGGGGAUUGAUUACUUACAGGGAGGCAUACCUCAUGUACGAUGCGAACAACUCCAACGACCACAGCAAACAGAUCAUUGCGUAUAUACUGUCGCAUGAAAUCGCUCACAUGUGGUUCGGCAACUUGGUCACCUGCGACUUCUGGGACAACCUGUGGCUCAACGAGGGCUUCGCUAGAUACUACCAGUACUACCUCACUCACGAGGUAGAGGAAGAAAUGGGUUUCUCAACGCGCUUCAUACCUGAACAAGUCCACACAUCGCUGUUGUUCGACUCGUCAGAAAACGCGCACGCUCUGACCCACCCAGUGGGCAGCGCGGCGUCAGUUCGGAACAUGUUUUCCACCAUAUCCUACAACAAGGGCGCCGCGGUCAUCAGGAUGACGGAACACCUCCUCGGUACGAAGGUCCAUGAAGCUGGACUCCGGAAUUACUUGAAAGACAGGAGCUUCCAGACUGCGAAGCCUAUUCAUCUUUUCCAAGCCCUUCAAGAUGCAGCUGUUGCUUCUGGAGCGAUAUCGCAAUACAGCAACUUUUCAGUGGUCGACUACUACAAAACUUGGACAGAACAAAAUGGCCACCCACUUGUGUUUGUUGAUGUAAAUCACCGAACGGGACAAAUGAUUGUAACUCAGAGGCGCUUCAGUAUCAACACAGGCUACGCUACCAGGAACUUGAGAUACAUCAUACCGAUAACAUUUUACUCUGCGGUAAACCCUGACCACAGUGACACCAAGCCUUCGCAUAUCCUCACUGAGACAUCGACUGUUAUCAACCGAGGAUCAGUUGGCGACCACUGGGUAAUAUUUAACAAACAACAAACAGGUUUCUACCGUGUAAACUAUGACGACUACACGUGGGAUCUGAUCAUCAUUGCUUUGCGCGGACCCUCCAGGAAAGACAUUCAUGAAUUCAACAGAGCUCAGAUUGUAAAUGACGUAUUCCAAUUCGCUCGCGCCGGCCUUAUGACCUACAAUAGAGCCUUCAACAUCCUCUCCUUCCUCAAAGACGAGACAGAUUAUACUCCAUGGGUGGCUGCGGUUACCGGCUUCAGUUGGCUUCAGAACAGGCUUGCUGGCACUGUUUACCAAUCACAAUUAGAGAAUUUGAUAAUACAAUGGGCAGCAAAGGUGAUGGAAGAAUUAAAGUACAGUCCUACUUCCGACGAAAGCUUCAUGAGGUCAUACCUGAGGUAUCAGCUGGCGCCCUUGAUGUGCAGAUUGAAGGUAGACGCUUGUCUCCAAUCUGCUAAAUCUCAGUUCGAGGAACUCCAAUACGGCAAAGAGGUCACAGUAAAUAGCCGUAGCUGGGUAUACUGCAACGCCCUUCGCCAAGGAGGAAAGUCAGAAUUCGACUUUCUAUGGGACCGUUAUCUCAACGAAAACGUUUACACAGAGAAGAUUCUGAUCCUGCAAAACAUUGGUUGCACCCCAGACGCUACGUCACUUAAUUCGUUCCUUACCAGUAUCCUUAAGAACAAUACGGAGAUCCGGCCUCAAGACUACAGCUCGGCCUUCAACAGUGCUUUGACUGGUAACGAAGGAAACACGAAAAUAGUCCUGGAGUAUAUCCAAAACAAUGUAGAGGAGGUUCUGAAGGUACUCCAAACAUCAGCCCUGACAAACACUAUUGCAAGAUUGCGUACAAAUGCGGACUUAGAAUUGUUCCAAACAUGGGCGACAAACAACAAACAAUUGCUAGGAGACGAUGUGUAUGAGUCUGUAACAAACAGCGUCAGAUCAACACAAGCCAGCAUCCAGUGGCAUACAACAAUCCAGAAGGACUUGGAAGAAUACUUCCUGAACGAAGAUGUUGUUAUCAACACCAGUUCAACAACAUCUGCACCAGUGACCGUGCCGAGUACAGUAACUGCACCGCCUUUGGUAGAGCCGUCAACUCCCAGUAUACCAGAUUCAGCGAUAACAUCAACUCUUUCUGUAAUCGCCUUAACAGUUGCUUUUAUUGUUAAUUUUAUUGUAUAAGUUUUAAAUAGAAAUAUCUAUUUUAUUUCUGGUAAAAAUAAUUCCCAUAGUCAGCUCAGUGCUUAAAGAACUUCGUUGAAACAAAGUAUUUGCUAUUAUUGUGACCUCAGACUAAUAAAAUAAGGACCUGCCUAGAUGUUACUCUUCUGUCAAAAUAUUUGAUCAUAGCUGUAAUCUUGUUCCUAGUAUAUAGAGCCCCGUAAAAAUACCCUUUUAUGUAGUUGAAUGGUGUAAAAAACUGUCAACGACUUCUAGUUCAGUAUAAGAUAUAUAGUAUAUUAUACCUAAUCUAAGCACGUUUUCUUCAAAAGAAAGACGGAUAAUUUUGUUCGUGAGAUUGGGUACGAUACUAGUCCUUAUGAAAUUAAUCUGAGAUUGUGAAUGAUGACGUAGAGUUACUAUUAAGUGCCUUUUAAUAAAUGAAUGUAAUUAUAAUAAAUUAAAAUGAAUGUAAAUAAAUAUCUAUUUUUUAUAAU